UUUUCUGAAAGUGCAGCUGCCUUCGUAACUUACCGGACUUCAUUUUCGUUAAUUUUAGAGGUAUUAACUCUUUGUCAUCUUCUAACUAUCCUGUGGUUUAAUUAAAGUAACAAUUCAAAGAAGUGUACUAUAUUUGUAUGACUUAUUACCCCGUAAACGUAACAUUAUCCUCUGUCUUUCGGUUCAGUCUGGCUCAGUUCGGCUAGGCUAAGCUAGGCUAGGCUAGGCUAAGGCUAAGCUACCCCUCCAUGGCUCCUCUCCGGGUUCUGUGCAUCCAUGGUUACCGUCAGAACGCCAGCUCGUUCCGGGAGAAGACCGGAGCUCUACGGAAGCUACUGAAGAAAAACGUGGAACUCCUGUACGUGAGCGCACCGCACAGCGUCCAGCAGGUCAACAAUGAAGAAGUUCCAGAGAAGGAGAAAAGCUCUGGAGGUGAUGAUGACCCCCGGGGUUGGUGGUUUUCUGACGUCCAAGCACGGAGCUUCAGUGCUCAGCAGCAGUGUGAGGAGAGCCUUGGGCUUGAAGAGAGCGUGACAGUUGUGAGAGAAGCCGUGAAGGCCCAGGGCCCAUUUGAUGGCAUCCUGGGCUUCAGUCAGGGAGCAGCUUUUGUAGCCAUGCUGUGUUCUCUUCAGGAACAAAAACUGGAGCCAGAGUUGAAUUUCCGCUUUGCCAUCCUUGUCGCUGGUUUCCCGAGUGCAUGUACAGAGCAUAAUCGAUUUUACAGUGCUCCCAUCCAGAUUCCCUCUCUGCAUGUUUUUGGGCAGGAGGACCGUGUCAUCCCUGACAACAUGAGUUUGGAGCUCCUCCCCUCCUUCCAGGACCCUCAGACCCUGAGGCAUCCUGGUGGCCAUUUUGUGCCUGCAGCAUCUGCUCACAAACAAACCUACCUGGACUUUCUCAAGAGGUUUCAAUGAGAACCAAGACCUAAUCCUUAAAAACUUGAAUGCUUAUUGUAGCCAAAGAAUGUAAAUCGGCUUUGUUCAUCAGUUUAUUUUGAUAACAUAAUUGGUCGAGAGGCACUCUGUUCAAAAGUCUUUUUGCCCUGGAAGUUGUUGUCUUCAGAGUAAUAAGAUCAGUGCUGUUCUUCUCAGGAAAAUAUGCCUUGUAACAGACAAUAAAUUAUAUAAUUGUUUAUUUUA